CGGGCGACGUUUAUAUCCCUGGAGUUGAGUGCUAUAUCCCGUCUGACAUGGGAUAAACUGCGCGGCGCGGGGGUGGAUGCCAGCAGCGUCAAGUGGCUUCUCACGGCUGGCGCGCCGAUGCACGAGAACCUGCGACAAAAAUAUCGGAGCAGUUCAAUGGCGUGCAUCUGGACCUGGAGUAGGGUAUGUCGGAGACGAUGUUGAUUUCUGUGCAACGCGACAAGGUAUUGCGAUGUAGCGGAUUCAGCGAUACCCUGGUAAACCGCAUGCAGGCCAAAGUCAUCAGACUGGAGACCGGGCGAGAGCUGGGAUCCGGAGAGUCCGGGGAGAUUCAUGUGCGCAAUCAGCUGUCGUUUCCGGGGUUACCAGGACAACAAGAAGACCAAUCAAGACUUUUAUGCGGAAGGUUGGUGCCACACGGGCGAAUACGGCUACCUGGACAAGGACUGUAGCGUCUUCAUUGUCGACCGCAUCAAAGAGCUCCUCAAGGUAGGCGAGGGGUAUGGCACACACAUCUCGGCCGCGGAACUAGAAGCGGUGGUUUUUGAGCAUCCAGCUGUGGCCAGCGUCGUGGUUGUGGGUAUCCACAAUGAGCUCAUGCAAUUGGAUGAUCCCUGCACCAAAUUGACGGAACUGAGGAGAUUGACUGGCGGAGUCCGGUGUCUGUCGCGUUUUCCUACUACAGGAUUCAAAAUCAAUCGCAAAGUACUCAAGCAAAUGGGCUAUACCACAUCUGUCGACACGGUAAAUGGAAUGGCUCUUGCGGCGAUGCAACCUCAUGUGCGAUUUGUUUGAUGCUGACUUCGAUGAUGUUAAAAAUUGUAUACAAAUUAUGAAUAUGGUCUGUGUUGAGCCUUGUGAUUCUGCAGAAGGUCAGCUGUAUUUGAAUCACUCGGGGUGAAGUGAUUCCCA